AACUGAAACAUUUAUUGGCGCUGUAUUCCCAAACAAAAAAAACUAGAACACACCUCAGUAAAUAUCUCAAACAAAAAUAAGAUGCCAAGGCUGUCAGAUGUGGAUAAUCGACCUGAGACUUCGAGUUGGAGAAAAAAAUGGUUUACUCUCAGACUAAUGACGGUGUACAUUGGAAGCUUAUCGACAGCGGUGGGUGUUUUGGCGGCAUGCUUGUUCCUCACCGCCAAAGGCAGCCACAAAGAGAGCGUCAAGGUAUUCUGGACAUGUAGCUCAAUUGCAUAUUCCGUGACAUCGCUGCUGCUCAUUUUUGCUGCCCUGAAUAAUCGUCGGUACCUGUUUGUGCCAUGGGUGAUAUUCAUCCUGAUGGGCCUGGCCUCCUAUACCAUGGUUUUUGACUGGAUAUUCACAUCUCUAACGGCGGCCCUCCUUCUGUCAAUGGUCAUCAAUUUUGUUUUACUUGGAGUUGUAAUUUAUCAGUACAGAACGCUGAGUCGUCUCUCCAAUUAAAUGCAUUCAUACUUU